AUGAAGGUUACAGCUAUUUUCUUUACUCUGAUGGCUGCCGCCACCGUCAGUGCUUCAGCGAUCUCUGAUCCAAAGGUUCUCGACCUCUGUGGUGCAGGCUAUGCCAACGAUCAAAGACGUACCAACAGUGGCUGUCAGGCUUCAAACGGAGAUAGGCACUUCUGCGGCUGCGAUAGAACAGGCGUGGUCGAGUGUCGAGGUGGUCGGUGGACAGAGAUUCAGGACUGUCAUAGUGCCUCAUGCCGUGGCGGCAAUGAUGGUGGAGCCAGGUGCUAA